CUGCCUUUUUUCCUCUUGGGUACAUUAAAAUUUGAAUUUAAAUCCCAUUACAUACCCAUCCAUCCAUUUUCUAUACCACUUAUCCUAUUCAGGGCCACAGUCAAAGGGUGUGUCUAUCAAGCGGAUGUAGUGGGAAUAUGUAUUAUCAUUUCUUUUAUUGUGAAAGGGCUUAAGCAGAUGUUGACGGUUGCGGUUCUGCUAGCUUCUUUCGAAUCACCCUAGCGAACCCCACCGACAGCUCAGACGCUUGUUUGCUCACCAAGCGUGCAGACGUGUUUGAGUGUGCUCCGCUCUCUCCGCGGACUCUUGUCGGAUAUCUCCCGCUGUCUUCGCCCACCCACUUUGACGGUUCUUUUCGGACUAUAUUACUCCGUCUGAUGGUGUGCACCGAUGCCGAGAGAUGGGUAAACUGCACUCGAAACAUGCCGCUAUUUGUAAAGCAAGGGAGAGCCCGGAAGGCGACAGCUUUGUAGUUAAUGCCUGUUUGGCUCGGAAGGGACUGGACGACUGGCUGGUGAAGCAGGAUUGUCAUCUAAAGACCACCCGGGAGUCCAUAAAUGAAGCUCAGCAGAUUGGCGAUGAGCACUACCGCUUAGAAGUGGCCCUGCCCCCGGAGAAGACAUCCGGCGGCUGCUGCUCAGAUGACAAGACCAUGCUGCAGCGCGAUGGCAAGCAGCUCCAGUUUGAAGAGCUGGAGUGCGCCGUGUCCAUGGAGGAGGACAACCGACAGGAGUGGACGUUCACCCUCUACGACUUUGACAACAACGGGAAAGUUACCCGAGAGGACAUCACAAGCCUCCUGCACACCAUCUACGAGGUGGUGGACGCCUCCGUCAACCAUUCUCCCAGCAGCAGUAAGACCUUGCGGGUCAAGCUGUCGGUAGCGCCGGACUCCAGCCAGAGAUGGAGGACUUGCACGCAGGGCGGCGCAGAUGCAUCCCACCCAAGGGAGAGAAACGACAAGUGCGCCGAAGACCCCAAGAGUGCAGACAAAAAAAGUCGAGCGCUGAUAAGGCGCCACCACAGCGACCAGCACAGCCACACCCAGCCGGGCUGCCAGCGCCAUUGCGUGGAUGAGAACCUGGAGCGACGGAACCACUACUUGGACCUGGCCGGCAUCGAGAACUACACGUCCCGAUUUGGAGCCGCGACUGCAGAGCAACCCAAGGCAGAACCCCAGACCCGCUCGUCCAAUCAGACGCGCUCCCGAUCUCACGAGCCAGAAAACGGCCACUCCCACCAUCCGCCGCCUCACCACCAUCGGCGUUUGCAAGCCGUCACGGACGCCGGCCCUCCCGAGGGUCUCCACCCCGCUCGGACACGAGGCCAAGAACCCGGCAAAUCGGCCGUCCGCUCCCCCAAGACCCACAGCCGCACUCCCCCAGCUCAGAUCAGCGGGCGGGUGAUGCGGAACAGGGGUCUCCCGGCCCCUCCGGCCCUCCCCAGCCAAACCCCCCCUCACCAGUCGUCCGCCCCUUACCGCAAGCACAAGCAGCGCUCCAAGGAGCAGCAGGCGUGCCGGGCGCUCGGCACCCUGCUGGGGGCCGGGACGGAGAGGGAGCAGGUCAGGAACCUGCCCGGGGUUCCUCUCUAUGAGGGCCGGCUGGCGCAGGUGGUACAGCGUCACGAGCACCACCACCACCAUGAACACCACCACCACUACCACCACUUCUACCAGUCCUGAACCACUUUGAGAGCCUUUUUGAGAUUCUUCGGACAUAGGAAGUGGGUGAGCUGCAAUUUGCGAACCACCACUACCAGGAACUCCACCACUGCCACCCUCUCUUCUACGAGGCCCGAUCUCCUGUCCUGCUUUGGGACCCCUCCGGGAAACCAUUGUCGCCACAUCCACCCUACUUCAGGACCCUUUAGGAGUCACCAGCCACUCCCAAAUGUCUGCCCAUUUAUGGACUUCCUGGACGCCAAAACUCUAAACGGCCACCCCACAUUUUUUGAUACACAGGAACAUAGGUGGACCCACUACCACUACUUGUCAUGAAAAGCUGAUAGAAGCUAAAUCAGUGUUAUGGACAGCUUGGAGGAUUCAGGACUACUUGAAGAUCACAGAGUUGGAGCCAUCAUCCAUAGCACCCUCUUUUUACACGGUUCUGGUGCCGUUACUGGUUUGGUGCAACCCACCAGAACCUUUCCAGACCACUAAGCAACGAGGCCGAAGUUGGACUAAGAUGAACACUUAUGAAGGAAGCGGCGUGCGUGUGUGCGUGUUAUGACACUGUGUCUGUCAAAAAAAAAAAAAAAAACAUUCUGUG